AUGCCGAGGUACCCAUCGCGCAAUGCUAGUCGUGUCAGCAGUCUGACAGACACAGGCAAAUCCAUCACCCGCGAAAAAUUGUUUAAAUACACGAAUGGACGUUUUCUAGCGAACGAGAAGGAAGCUGCCAAUCGGAGAUAUGUCAAGUUUGACGUUGAUCAGCUUUGCGCCGUAGCUGCGACCACGGAUGGGAAACACUCGCCAGUAUGCGCAAUUGAGAAGAUGGAAGGCGGGUUCAGUAAGGCGCUAUUACUGCGUAAAGAGGAUGGAACAGAAGUUGUUGCGAAGAUACCCUGCACAAUCGCUGGACCGCCGAAGUACACGACAGCAUCAGAGGUGGCCAUUCUCCGCUAUUUAUACACACGUACUGCGGUUCCAGUACCCAGAGUCCUCGCCUGGAAUGAAGAUGCGUCGAACCCUGUCGGUGCGGAGUACAUCAUCAUGACGAAGGCUCCUGGGGUUCAACUGUUCAAGGUAUGGGGUAAUAUGGAUGAGUUGGACCGGAUUCAAGUCGUGAAACAGUUGGCCGAAUUCGAGGGUGAGAUGACGGAUAUCCGCUUCCCAGCAAGCGGAAGCCUUUACCUUCGUCAUUCCAUGGCGGUCAACAAUGCAUGCAUGACCUUAGACUUAGACAUGGAUCCUGAGAGAGAAUUUUGCAUCGGCCCCUCUUGCGAUCGAGGAUGGCACACCGCAGCCAAAAUAACGGAUUCGCGCCACCAGGGACCAUGGCAAAAUCUGUCCUCCUUUGGAAUCGCCCUUGUUGAGCGGGAGCUUGCGCGCUUGGAAAAGAGCUCGUCUGCUAGGACAUCUGGCGCACCGCGAGGGUCUUUUGAGGAGCACAUCGCUGUCCUUGAUAUGACCAAAAAGGUCAUGUCUCGACUCAACGAGCGCACGCUGAUCGGAAAAGUUUCUGAACCGGUACUAUGGCACACUGACCUCCACAUGGGUAACGUCUAUGUGGCUGAGGGAAAACCUGCGCAAAUCCUGUCGAUCAUCGACUGGCAGUCUAUACCGGUAUCACCAUUGUUCCUGCAAGCACGCUUCCCCAACUUUGUUACUGUUGGUGAAGACUACCCCUUGGGUACGAAGGAGAUCCCCAAACUCCCACCUGACUUUGACGAGUUAAACGAGGAAGAGAAGAAGAUCACAGAACAAAGGCUAAAGGACAACAUAACAGCGAAAGGCUACGAGCUUUGUACGGGGUCGAAGAAUAUACGGGGUUGGAAAGCUUUGCAGAUACCGCUAUUCCUCCGAGAACUUUUCAUACGCUGUGCAGAAGCCUCGGAAGAGGGUGUGGUACCACUUCGGGCAUGUCUCAUUGAGUAUGCAGCAAAUUGGAAGGACAUUGGUUUCGAAGGCGAAUGUCCGAUCAGCUUCAGCGAAGAGGACCUGCAGAAACACGAGCAGCAGUUUGAAGAGUACAGCAACUAUCACAGGGUACAUGAGUUGGCGAGGAAUAUUCUUGGUACCGACUUCGAAGGCUGGAUCUCACCUUAUGUCGACUUUGAGAUGAAGCAGCAGCAGAACACGGCGCUGCUUGAGGAGUUUAUGCACAAGAGUAGUCAGUAUGACAUGUCGCCAGAGCGGAUGAGAGAGAUUUGGCCAUAUCUGGACCAUUCGACGUCGAGUCCUAAACAAGAGGGCGUUGCAUACGGCUUCCGACAUCUACUUCGCUCGCUCGGCCUUUUCUAG